CGAGUCACGACCACGUUGGUAGUCCGGCGUCAAACUCACCAGUGUCAGGUUCUUAUUUCAGUGACGGGCAGAUCGACGUCGGUCUCGCGAACGUGUUAGAUUAUAUUUUUCAUGAGAAUAGUAUAAUUUGCUGCGACGCGUUAUAGUUAUUUUUUUUUCACACAGCGUUUAAUUAAACUUAUUUUGACGAUUUUUUUCGUGCCAUCGCCGGAUUUAAGGGAUAGUAACGCCACUAUUAUAUAUAUAUAUAUACCGUGCCGAAUAUUACUCUCGAUUGGAUUACCGAAUUUCCAAUCUUGAAUACCUCUGAAAAUAUUUUUAGUAAUAAUAAUCAUAUUGAUGGUGUUCGUCCAUACGCGUAGUUCGCCUUCGCAUCAUUUAGCCGGAUGUCCGUUAGCAUUGUGAUAACAUCGCCUGUACUACGUGCGAACCUGUUUAGGUUUUUCGAAAUAACGAGAUUUGCUGUCGUUCUUAAUCAACUACUCGGCUACACACACACACACGCCACACGGGAUUAAAUCAAGUUUAGCAGCCGCUGCCGCAGCAACAACUGCCGCCGGCGCGAUAGCAGCCGACUGAAUAAUAUUAUUAAAAUACGAUUUACUGGAAACAACUGUUGCGGCGACAACAGGCAACAACUGUGCGAACGACGGUGGUUGACGACGACGACGAAAACGACACAAUCGCCGAGACCGCACACCCGGAAAUGGCGCUGAUCGUCCCGGAAGAAUCGCAACGGCCGUACCGGUUCGGCAUGACGUUGGUGUGCAUCGGCGCCCUGUUCAACUGGCUCGGGCUGGCCGACCACCACACGAAACCCGUGCCGGCUGUCCGGUACAUCGGCGUCGGUCUGGUCGCCUCGGGCGCCGUGCUCAUAUGCAUGGCCAUGUGCUUUUGGAUGAACAGCGUGCGCGACGACGAAGACGAUGAGUCGAUCGACCACAUCCACGUGAUAUCACUGGACCCGCCUGUGCGGCUGGACGAGAAGCCGCCGGAUUACGCUUCGGUGGUGGACUUGCCACCGCCCAGUUACGACGACGCGAUCAAGUUGGACCCGCAGCGGCUGAUGGACAGGGGCCACCGGACGGCGACGGACACCUGUUCCGUGACGGUGGUGCCGGCGGACGAGUGCGACAAGACGUCGGGCGGGAACGAGACGGCCGACACCGCGGCGUCGCAGCCGACCACGAAGCUGGCGCAGGCCAUCCGGAAGAGCAUACGCGACAUACGCAAGCAGCUGACGAACACCGUGAGCGACGGGGCGGCGGCGGACGUCGAACAACAGCAACACCAGCAGAGCGGUUCCGCGGUCGUCCAUCACUGCGACGCCGUUCCGGCCGCCCUCCGCAAGUCAUCGGACGCGCCGGCCACCGACUAGCGCGCGACAUCGCACUGCACCGUCGUCGUCGUUGCCGAUGAUUGUAUUGAUAUUGUAUUUAUUGCAAUACACACACCGGCAAUCGUACACGCCUGCGAUAUUGUCGUUGCCGCCGCGUCGUGUGGUCGCGGUCCGCGCGCGUGCCUCGCGCCGACGCGUCUUCUCUCACAAGACUGAAAUCACAAAACAUUAAUAUAUAUAUCUAAUAUUAUAUUAUUGUGUGUGGGUAUAUACCUACGAUUUGAUUGCGAUUCGUAAUCGUACGCGUUUGCACCCGUUUACCUAUGUAUUACGAUGAUAUUAUUAUUAUUAUUAUUAUUAUUAUUGUACAGUUAAGGUCCAUCAUAUUAUUAUUAUUAUUAUUAUUAUUAAUUAUUAUUAUGUUGUCGCGGUCGGUUUUGCGCGCGUUUCGCGGUUCUCCGAUCGCGCCCGACGCUGCCGCUGCUCCUGUUACCUAUACACACACACCUUCACUCGAUAUUUUUUUACGAUCGUCGUGCGAUAUGAUAUUAUAUUAACUAUAUAUUAUUAUUGUAGUCAUCGUUAUAAUAUUAUUAUUAUGUUAUUAUGUAUAGAAUAUAAUAUAUUAUGAUGCCUACCCGCCGUGAUAUUAUAUUGUCGUUCUCGCGAGACGUACCUACCCAAUAUUAUUAUAAUGAUGUUGGCAAGUCGAUAGAAUAAAAUAACGCCUACGAAAUAUAGUCGAUUCCUGUGUACGAAAUUAUACAUUGUAAUAAUAUUAAAUAUACAUAUAUAAAUAUAUAUACAGCGAGAGAGAGAGAGAGGUAUAUAUUAUUGUUGCCGUCGACGAGUACAAAAUAUAUUUAUGUUAUAAUAAUAUACACAUACAUAGAAAUAAAAAAUGUUCAAGCGUCACGCCACGUACAAUUUGUGUUGAGACGGUGCGUGAACCAUCUGUUUAAUUUCACCUCUUCUUUCCAUUAUUGUGUACGUACCUGUUUUGUAAUAAUAUAAAUUAUAAUAUAUUAUGA